AUGUCUGACGCUAUUGUUUCAUACGCUGCCUUGAUCUUGUCUGACGCUGGUCUUGACAUCACCUCUGAAAACUUAUUAACCUUAACCAAAGCUGCUGGUGCUUCAGUUGACAAAGUCUGGGCUGAUGUUUUCGCUACUGCUUUAGAAGGUAAAGAUUUAAAAGAAAUCUUAGCUGGUUUCGCUACUGUUGGUGCUGGUGCUCCAGCUGCUGGUGCCGCUGGUGCUGCUGCUUCAGGUUCAACUGAAGCUGCUGCUGAAGAAGAAAAAGAAGAAGAAAAAGAAGAAUCUGAUGACGAUAUGGGUUUCGGUUUGUUCGAUUAG